AUGGUUCUUUUUCAAGGUUAUGAUCUGGCAGGAGCCAUACAGUAUGUCGAUGGCUUCUGGACUGCCCUCAAAGUUAAUGAUGCUACCUUCAAAGCCAGAAUAGCGGCUUUCGAAGGACGAGCAUCAGCAUACAUUUGGGACGGGCUGCGUUUGGCACGGCGCAAGGGAAGCAGAGAUAUGGGACUAUACUACACGAUAUCAACAAUAAUACAAUCUUCAAAUGCAUGGUUACAGUUUUACGCCCUGAACUCAUUGCUUGAGUCUCCGCUUUAUACUCUCUGGGGGCCGGCCUUAAUACACGAUCUUAUGCGAGGAGAUGAUUGGCAGGUUACUGGUCACUUUCCUCGCAUCACACAUUGUGAUUUCAAUAGAAGGCGACCAGCAAGUGUACAGGUAAAUAGUGCUUUUACCGUAACGACAGCAUUUGCACGAAAAUAA